AUGUGGUCUCUAAUAGAUUAUAUCCUCCAACUAACUCCAUAUUCCGAAUUGUCUGGUCGACUACAUCCUGCGGCAUCAGUGGUCAUUGCGUUUGUACUGUUGAUUGCAGGAUACGUCAUUGGUAGUUCUAUAACUAAUAAAUUGUUUGGAAGAGAUAAUUUCCCCGUGAAAGAUAAGCAUGUUUUGAUUACGGGGGGUAGUCAAGGGCUCGGAAAGGCGCUGGCAAUUUUAUUAGCCAAGAAGGGCGCGCAUGUUUCCAUUGUGGCUAGGAAUAAACAAAUUCUCGAUAAUGCAAUCGAUGAAAUACAGGCAGAAAAGCUUUACCCUCACCAAACAAUAACCUCGGUUGCAGCAGAUGUGACAGACCAUUCACAAGUUGUGCGUGCAUUUGACGAGGUGACUGCUAAACAUGAUGGAAAAACACCCGAUUACGUUAUUUGUUGUGCAGGUGCUACUCAUCCUCGGCUUUUCCUCGAGCAGCCGAUUAAAGAAUUUGAGGAUACAAUGAGAUUGAACUACUUUGGAUCUCUUUUUGUUGCCCACGAGGGUGUAAAGCGUAUGGUUCAUCAAGGUGUAAAAGGAAAAGUUGUGUUUGUCAGUUCUACAGUGGGUUUUGUCGGAUUCGUUGGAUAUUCAGAAUAUGCUCCCACCAAAUACGCACUGAGAGGAUUAUCCGAAUGCCUCCGUAAUGAAUUGCUCCUGUAUGAUAUUGGGGUUCAUUGCUUUUUCCCGGGUAAUAUUCGAACACCUGGAUAUGAAACCGAGAACAAGACUAAACCACAGGUAACGAAACGAUUGGAAGGGGAAGACGAUGCAUCACCCCCCGAAGUAAUUGCUGCGGCAUUAUAUAAAGGAUUACGUAAAGGGCAAUUUUUCAUAACGAGCGACCUGUUGACGGAUAUUCUGAGAGCAGGGUCACAUGGAAUGGCACCAACCAACAACGCUAUAGUAGACGUGCUGUUUAAUUGGGUCUCAUGGAUUAUUUCGUUUCCGUAUAUAUGGUAUGGUGACCAGCUGGUGAAAUCCGCAAAAAACGAGAUUAUUAGGAACAGCUGA